ACUGUACACGCGUGCGGGUGGCAGAUUUUGCAAAAAGGCGCUUCGUCUCCACGUUGCGGAGUGAGCGAGGGAGCGAGCGAGAGAGUCGCCUCGACUUGGCGCAUUGGAAAACAUAACUCAGACACGCUGCUCCCCCCCUCCCACCAUCACCACCACACACACACACACAACUCAAAACAAGCCCGCAGCCACGCCGAUUCAGCUCAUCUCAGCUCCCUCCCUCCGCCGGUGGCCGGGCUCCUCUGGGCGCACUGAAUCAUGAGGUAUUUGUUUUGAACUUGGAGCUGCCUUGAACAUAGUCGAAAGUUACCAGGGAUAAGUUUGGAGCGGAGUCAACUUUAUGCUGGACUGAAAGCCCAGUGGAGGUGGGGUGAUGGACUGUUAAAUAUGCACUCAGAAUGUAGUGACUAUUCAACCCUUGGGGGUCUGAACGGAAUGUCUGUGGAUGAGAAGCCUGAAUCACCCAUGUAUGUGUAUGAGUCAACAGUGCAUUGUACAAAUAUCCUCCUGUGCCUGAAUGACCAGCGCAAGCAGGAUAUCCUCUGUGAUGUGACCGUACUGGUGGAGAGGAAGGAAUUCCGUGCCCACCGCGCUGUCCUAGCCGCGUGCAGUGAAUAUUUCCUACAGACUUUGAUUGGGCAAACAGAACAUGAGCUUGUUAUCACUCUACCUGAGGAGGUCACCGCCAGAGGAUUUAGCCCAUUGUUACAGUUUGCCUACACUGCUAAGCUAUUACUCAGCAGAGACAACAUUCAAGAGGUCAUGCAUUGUGCUCAAGUCCUGCACAUGCAUAAUCUGGAGGACUCCUGCUUCCGUUUCCUUGAAGCUCAGCUCUUUAAUGAGAAAGAUGGCUUUAUCUUUUACACCAAAAUGUCAACUUUCCAGCAGUCCGAUGAACAAGAAGACGGGAACUCUGAAGGUGAGGAAGAGCACAUGCAGUCUGAGACCCAUAAGAUCACCUGUUCGAAGGAAAUAAUGUGUGAUGAGACACUUGGAUGUGAGACAUCUCCAAGGUUAUCUGAGAAGGAACCGGCUGUGAUAUCCAUUCCCGUGACAUCGAGUGAUGAUAUGGGACGCUGCCCAAAAUACAGGAAAUAUCAACUGGCCUGCACAAAGCAUAUCAAUAGCACACCACAAACUAGUACCUCAGGUUUUCAAAGCACAUUUAGAGAAGACCGCUCAGUCCAUGCCCAAACCCAAGGAUACAGCAAGGCACAAAUAAAAAUCGAACCACAGGCAUCAGAAACCGCCGGAGAAAAGCAUUUAUCUGGAGUUGAAUCCAAUGCAAUGGAUCAUGCUAUCAUGGAGAAGGAAAUGGAUCUUAAACAAUUGAGUCCAAUGUGUGUUGACAGACCUUCCAGUAAAACGCCCCCUUGUUCGAGAUUCACGAAAAAGACUGAUAUGGAAUCUACUGAGAGACAAAGUCCACUGCAACAAGCCUUCAACACCAGAACAUCUUGUUCCCUCGAAGAGGGAAUGACUCAGGGUGACCUCAAAACAGAAUACAGGCCUUACAGUGUGAACUCUGGACUACCUUGCACACCGCAAAAAGAUUGCAGUGGCUUUAUUGCUGCACCAUCUUGUGAAGUGAUUUGCAAGCAAGAACUGGAGUCAGAUAGAAAGAGUGUAAUAUUUUCUUCUGGUACCUUGGACGCUCCUGCUGCACAUUCGUAUCCCGGUGGUAGUUCACUAGAAAGUGAGCUCACUGAAAAUGUGCCAAAGGGUUUGUGGACUGGUACUAGCCAGUCGCUCCCAUGUUCACAGACUUGUCCUUCUGCUGGACUUUCAAUGGAGCCUUUAUUACCAUUGAAUUCUUGUAGAAUUCGAUCCACAUGUAACACCAGCUGCCCAGUGCCAAUUAAAGUGUGCCCCCGAUCCCCUCCUUCUGAGACCAGAACCAGAACUUCAAGUUCCUGCUCCUCCUACUCUUUUCCUGAAGAUGGAAGUGGUGGUUCCCCUUGCAGUUUGCCUCAAUUUGAGCUGUCCACUUCUCCCUGCUCACAAGGAACCCGCUUUCUAUCUGCAGAGCAGCAAGACCUCAGCAUAAUGGGAGAUGCAAUGUACAGCCAGUGUAAGCCGCCAUUAAAAUGUGAACAGUCCUACGGCACCAACUCAAGUGAUGAAUCUGGGUCAUUUUCAGAAGGGGAUAGUGAGUCAUGCUCAACUCGAGAGAGGGGAAAUGAGGUUAAACUCCCCUUUCCAAUAGAUCAAAUCACAGAUCUUCCAAGAAAUGAUUUCCAAAUGAUGGUAAAGAUGCACAAGUUAACCACUGAGCAGUUAGAGUUUAUUCAUGAUGUCCGCCGGCGCAGUAAAAAUCGGAUUGCAGCCCAGCGUUGUCGGAAGCGAAAACUUGACUGCAUUCAGAAUUUGGAAUGUGAAAUUCAGAAGUUGCUUUGUGAAAAAGAAAAGUUACUGACGGAAAGAAACCAGCUGAAUGCUUGCAUGGGAGAACUGUGGGAUAAUUUCUCAUGCCUUUGCCAAGAAGUGUGCAGCGAUGUCCAGUUAAGUCCAGAGCAAAUGCAGUCAUUACACAAGUUUUGUCCCGUCUUCAGGCCAAUGGAUGAACCUGCAGCCACGGGUGGCACUACCUCGCCCCCGGAUGGAUUAAAGCAGAAGUUUCUGAAAACACAGUGCACUGGAGAUAGUAUGCAAUGUUGCGCAGAGCAAGGAGGGUCCCACCAUCAGGAUCAGUGGUCACGUAGCCACAACAUAGAAGUAUGCUCAUCAGGAAAUAUGCAGGAGCUGCUUGACCAAGGAACAUGCUCAGAGAAGAGGCCCUCAUUUGAACAGUGCAGUCAGACAGUGACGGUAGAUUUCUGCCAGGAAAUGACAGAUAAAUGUACAACCGAUGAACAACCGAGGAAAGACUGCACCCAGUGAUUGACUCGUUCUUCCCUUUUUCCUGGUUGUUUUUUUCUUAAAGUAAGCAGGAGGUUCACUUGAUCAGGAUGCAGGCAACAUUCAUCUGUUGAUGCUUUUUGUCUUUGAUGCACACUACAACAGUCUUAAACUGCAGCAGAACUCUGUCCAGGUAUUACCCCUCAGAACAGCUGAGGUUUAUCCUCACAUUGGUGCUAUACCUUGCUUGUGCAGGGAACUUGACAGUGAUAAUGACGCUGUUAUUUUGUAAUGAUUAUUAAUUAUUGUUGUAAAGACCUGACCUUCAUUCUCGAAAAGAAAUGAGUCAGGUGGCAUCUCAUUUUACCUUGAAGGACCCUACAGAAAUCUCAGUUAAGUCUUUCAGCAAGCUCGGUGGCCCAUGUCACACACCAACUCAGGAAAUCUUCUGAAUGUUCAACAUGACUCAGUAACAUAAAAGAUGGUUUCUCAUCUAACAUCUGCAUACUGUAAACAUACUCCUGCAUUCUCAGUUUUAAUUAAUUAGAUUACUGGAACUCUUGUGUUUGCCUUGUACAAAGAAUCUGGUUACAACAUUCCCAUUUUGCCUUCUGCAGAACCUGACCGAAACUUUUAAGAAAUUAGACAGUUAGAUUUUCACACUUGAGCAAUAUCACCUUCUUUGUACUUAAGAAAAAAAAGAGAAAAAAUAUUGAAAUGUAAUUUAUGUAAAUUGAAUUUAUAACACACCUCAGGCACUCUUUGAAGGUGCCUUUUGAGCAGGGAAGAUCUGUUAUUUCUGAUGUAGAACAGUGAUGGUCAAAACUGCCACUUGCACUGUGUGCGUCAUUGGGUUCUUUGCUUUACCACCUGAUGCAUUACACAACUGUAUUCAAAAACAAAACAAGGAGAUGGUAUUCAGUGAGAUGGGGUGAGGUUGCGUCCCUUCCCAACCCAAACUUUGAGAUGAUGCUACUGACACAAGUUGUGUAGAGUGACCAACAACAGCUUUUGGUAUUCAUAACCAUCAAUGUUUUUAUUUUAAAUUCUGGUUUUCAAUCCUAAUUAUCAUUGUCUAAUGAAACUUCUGCUUUUAGACGGUGUAACAUUGGAGUGCAGGGAAAUUACUACAUGGGCCAUUGAAUCUAAAAUAUUGUAUGGACAAUCUUUUUUGAAAAGAUUUUUUUAAAUUGUUUGAACUUUUAUAUAAUUUUGACUUUUUUUUUGUUUUUCUGUUAUAAUAUCUCUGGAAGCAAGCUUCUAAGGAGAGUAAAAUGGCAAAGUGUUCUUUGGUCCUGCUGUCACACUCUGUCGCUAAGUCAGUGACUAACUCCAAAUUUCCCUUUGAAUUUGCUUCUCUCCAUCUCUCUCUGUCCCUCUUUUUCUCUCUCCCGUUCCUCCCUCUCUAUGUACCCUUCCUUCUCUUCUCCCCUCUCUCAUCCUCUCUCUCUCAUUCUCUCCCUCCCCCUCCCAGGUAUUUGCCCAACUGAAUAGAACAUGGAUUUAUGAACUGCCUUCCUAUUGGGAUUUACACACAGUGCAUAAAACCUCUGCAUAAGAGGACCACACAGAUAUUACUGAAGGCAGAUAUAUCACAAGGGACCAGGUGACAGUUUUAUCAUGAAGCUUUCUACAUAAUAACCCUUGUUAUUUUGGUUUAUUAAAUGUGAUGAAAACCACACAGACUUAGUAGCCCAAUUCAAGAGUUUUUUCUUGAUGUUCUUCAAGCCACAUUGCAACAUUUAAUUGAAAUAUUUCAUUGUUUGUGAGAUGUUUGGGGACACACAGAGGCUGUGGACAUGUUAGAUAAAUGCAAUUUUCUUUACAGUUAUUGGAGGGGACAAAGGAUGUUCCUGCAAAGCAAGGGACAAAAUAGCAGAAGUAGUGUGAGCAAAGAUUAUACGGCAAAACAUUCCAUUUUCCAGUUUUCUCAGCCCUUAACUGAAAAGCAUAGUAAGGAAAUGAUAAAAACAUUCCUCCCUGCCUACCUGAACUGUAAGAACACCUGUAUUUAAAAUGUAUCCAGUACCAUCCUCCUUCCCACAGUAGCCGAUGAUGGCUAAUAAUUUUUUCCCAACCGAGGUCACAUUUCAGCGGAAUUCAGCCUUGUAUCAGGAAAGCAUUUCUGCUAAAUUGCGAAACAAAUUGAAGUGUGUUUCUAAAACACGGUAUUUGGCAGGGCAAUCACUUUGUCUCUCUCUGCUCCACAUACAGAGGUUGUGGUGGCAGCUGGGGGUCCCAGAGGCAACAGUGGAGAGGGAUUUGGGAGUUAGCUGGAGAAGCAAGAGUGGCCAGACUGGCAGUGGGCUUGUAUCAGGAGUGGGGUCCUAGAAGUGAUAACCAGGAGGGAGUCUGAGGGGUGAAUACUGAGAGUGGGAUCCUAAAAGUGAACACAGGGCAUGGGAUCUCUAUGGUGACAUGGGAGGUGGGGUCCCAUUGGAAACUGGGUCACAGACUUGAUUUUGGGAGCGGUUUCUCAAUGGCAGAAGUGGGAACAGAGUCAUGCAAGAACAGUGCAAGCAAAAAUGUUUUUACAAUUUACAGGUGCUUACAGUGCAAACGUAGGAGCAGAAUUAAGCCACACCUCUGCUUGAACCUGAAGCUGAGACAGGAAUAGAGUGCCGGUGUCAACAGUGGGAGCAAUCAGGAAUGUAGUCUUUGUCACAAGUGUGAGGUCCCAAUGGUUGCAGCAAGGUGGAGUUCAGGAAAGAAUAUCAUGAUGAGAGCAACAGGAGAUGAGAAGGGUCCAGGGCAGGAGAUAGAUCUUACCCAGUUUAAGAGAUUGUAAGCAACCCAGAAAUAAACUCUGCAGUACGUUAAUUGAGAAGUGAUAUAGAGUGAGCGUUAGAUCAGAUUUUAUUAGGGAUGGUUUACUUUUUAACUUGUAAAGGCAAGAAUGACUUUCUCUGUUAUGCUUCUUGAGAUCAGCUGAAAAAUACUAACACCUUGUCUGCAACCAUCCAUACCUCGGUAAAAUCCUCAAGCAUGCCAUCAUCUUCCAAAUCUUUGAAUUCCACCCAAAAGAUCCCUGCUCUGUCAAGUCAUAGAGUCACAGAGCACUCUGGCACAGUAACAAGGCCUUCAGCCCGUCUAGUUCAUGCCAAACUAUUAUUCUGCCUAGUCCCAGCGACCUGCAGUUGGACCACUGCCCUCCACACCCCUCCCAUCCAUGUAUACUACUUAUCCAAAUUUCCCAUAUAUGUUGAAAUUGAACACGCAUCCUCCGUUUCUGCUGGCAGCUCAUUCCUCUUUCUCAUCACCCUCUGAGAAGAAGCUCUCCCUCACUCAGUACUGAAACUAUUCUGAUCUAAAUCACAGAUGACAGCCUUCAUGACUGUGAUGUAAAUGAGCCAUUGACUGCAUUAAGAACACAGUCCCCUUACAAUGCCUUUCUAUUCUUACCAUGUUAGAUGAGACUAUGAUUGGCUGGCUUCGUGGUUUUGUUAUCCGGUCAAUGAUCUGCAGUCAUUUUGCUCAGUUACUGCUGGUAUCCCUCAAGGACCUUUUCUUGGUUGUCUCCUGUCUUUACCAACAUACCACCCUCAGUACCGUCAUCCAAAUCUGUAAUGUCUGUAGUUGUGUGUGUGUGUGUUAAUUACUUGCUCUCCACCACAUCUCUCACUGUUCAAAGGUAGUCUUACUACACAACACUGGAUGAGCAGAAUUUUCUUAGAGAUGAAUAAUAGGGAAACUAAAGGAUUGUCUGCAGUCCCUGUCAAUAAUGUCUGCAGCCUAUGCCCUGCAACAUUCUCAUUUAACGUAACAAGUGUCACAGUAAUCCAGGAUGUGCUUUGGACCAGAAACAUAUGUCAUCACUGAAACUACCUAUGUCCACCUCAAUAACGUAACCCAAUUCUGUCUCAGCUCAUCUCUAGCUGAAACUCUCAUGUAAAUCUUUCUUCCCAUAUUUUAAUAUUUGUAAGCUUGGGGUUUUCCAAAGUACUGAAUCCUUUGUCUGAACUUGUUCCAUCCCAUUUACCAUUCACUCCUCUACUUGCUGGCCUGUUUCAGUUUCAGGUUCAGGUUAAGCAAUACCUUUUUUUAAAAAAAAAAUUCAGUCUCUUGCUGAAGGGCCUCCGUCCAAAACAUCGACUGUUUAUUCCUCUCCAUAAAUGCUGAUUGACCUGAUGAGUUCCUCCAGCAAUUUGCAUUUUGUGUGUGUUAUUCUGGAUUUCCAGCAUCUGCAGAAUCUCUUGUGUUUUUUUUUUAAAUCCACCUCUUUUCAAAUCUUUCCAUGGCCUUGACCCUCUCAGUCUCAGUAGUGUCUUCCAGCCCUAGAAACUUCAGUUUUAAUCUUUAGAGCAUUCCCUGCUUAAAUCACAUCACUGUCAGUGCUAAGUCCUUAAGCUCUGGAAUUUCUGUCCCAAGUUCCUCCACCUGUCUACCUCCUCGUUCAUCUUUGAUGCACUCCUGAAAACCUACCUCUGACCAAAGUUUGGGUUAUCUCCCCUCAUAAUCUCCUUUUGUGCUUGAUGGCAAAUAAUUACUCUUUGGAAUGUUUUUACAAUUUACAGGUGCUACAUAUACAGUACAAAAUAACUGUUGUUGCUAUCAAUAUGCAAUUGCAUGUUCCUGCUGUUGGGGCAAUGAUCUGUCCUUGUACAGAGCCUGAAGUUAUUGGGAUGCAGACCACUGGCUAUUUAAAGUUGGAAGGAGGGACAUUAGAAAUCCAAUUAAAUUAGCAGAGAAUAAAAAGGGACGCUUCUGUUAUAUUAUUUUUUUAAUUAAAAUGAGUUUAAAUUUCACCUUGUUCAAAUAGUGAUUAUUCUAUCAAAAAGCUGUUUCCAGGAGCUGCCAACAUUGUCUAGUUCAUAAGCUAUGCUGGUUGUAACUAUAUAACCCAACUGUACUGAGAAAAUUCUAUUAAUUUUUUGAUGUAAAUUUAAAUAAUCUAAGAGAUUUGAUCUCCUGAAAGCAAGCAAACACCCCUUCUCCUGACACAGAUUUGCAAUUGUCAGUUUUCACCCUUAGUUUUAUUUGAGCAUGUUUUUUGUUGAAAUUUCUGAUGCAGCUUUUUAAGCAUGUAUUUAACUGUCAUAGUUGUCCAUCAUCACUUCCAGUUUCCAAAAAAAAGAAAUGUGAACUGUAACAACCUGCGAUCAAACUCUUGCAUUUAAAACCAUUGUUCAAACAACAUUUUUAUGCUUCAGUGAAGUUCAGCUUAGGAGUAAACAGGUUUCAUAUUUACAUAAUUGAUUAUAUAAUUUUUGUUGCUAUUCUGAACCAUGUUACAAACAAAGCUUAUCAGGAGAUUAACAGGAAACAUUAUUCAUCUGCCAAGUACUCUUGUAUUAAAUAGUGCACAGGCGACCUCAUUUCAUUAUGUGUUGUUGACAAGUUAACUGUAAAAGUAGAUUAGGUAUUUUUGUUCAUGAUCCAAAGGUGCCUUGUUUUAUUCCAAAUUGAUUCUGGAACAGACAGAAUUUAUCCCAUGACACUUUACCCUUGUUGAUGUCUUCAUGCAUGUAAAUAUUCUAAGAUUUUAGAGUAAGCUGCUGUGUAUGUUUCUUGUUAGUGAAUUAUCCUCAUGCAUGGUCAGAAUCCUAAUUUUAGAUGUUUUGUGUAGUAAUUAAUUUAAACAAUUUGAUAUUAACUUAUACCCUUUUUAACUUCUGUGUUUCCACCAUCUAAAAAGUCUAACAGACAGUUUAUUUGAUUGGGUAAUAUUCAGUAUAAACUGACAAGGUAUUAUUUCUAGUGAUUUAAAAAUAUGUCCUGCUGCCUACUAGAAGUUUAAAUGUCAAAUUUUAUUUUCCUUUACAGAAAUUUUAAUUCUUUUAAUAUUUACAAUUUCCAAUGUCGUCCUGAGUAAGUCAUUUUCCAUGAAAUUUUUAAAAAAAUUAUAAGCCUAGUUAUAGUUUUAUUUUGGCUAGUAUGCUUUUUUAAUUAAAAAUUGCUCAUUCUGCACUGCUUGCUAUCCAUUGAGUAAAUAUACCUUAACCAAGGAAGAAUCCAAUUUCAACCUGCUUUGUUAUUCAAUCUCAGACCGGACAGCGACCAGAGAACCACAGGUAACUUCAAAUCCUUGUUGUUGGGUUAAGUGGAAGAAAAUGAACUAGGUAUCCAAUUUCUGGCUCUCUUUGAAUGUUGUGUUGAAGUAGAUUCAAAUGAUCAGGAAUGUUUUUCCAAGCAGUGAGUGGUGUUACAUGCUAAAGCCGAAGUGACUCCUGAUCAGCUAUGGUGCAAUUUCAUGUCAUUAUUCCAAGUCAGAGUAAAUGUUUAUGCUGAAGGACAUCAUAAUUAGGAACAUAAUCACAUGAUUGAACUGAAAUUGUGCAAGGUCCCAGUUCUACCGAGUUCUUGUUACUUUUCAACUUCUUGUGGUACCAUAAAUUAGUAAUAAAUAAUUAUUCCGAUGUUGUGUUCAAAGGUUACAAAUUCAACAAAUUAAUUUUGUGUUACUUUUUAUUAAAUCCUCCCUUUUUUAAAACAGAAAAAUAAAUUCAUUUGUUUUCCUCCCUCAGGCAAAUUGCCACUCAUUUUUAGACUAACACAAAAUUUAAUCCAAUCACAUCAAAAUCACAAGGUUUGUUUUAGAUAUUUGACCAGGCAUUGCGAAUUAUAACAGCUAUGAAUUGUCAGAAUUACUCAGGGGUAAUUACAUUGAAUAGUUAUUGAGUUUGUGUCUUUGUGACUUUCAGUUCAAUUUCAUCACAUCAGCCUUAGCAAUCUCUCCAAGCAUAUUCUCCAGUAGUGUCAUAAGCAUUCAUUAUGUCCAAAAGUGAAAAGCCUUUUAUAAACAAAUAUCAGUUGCACUUCUAAUUCACCUAGAAAAGGUUCGGACUGUUGAAAAUCAAUAUACAACAUUAAUUCCGGAUGCAUCAGCAGGUGGUAUGAAACACAAGCAUAGUAUGUACCUUUCUGAGGGUUUAACAGUGGAUAGAGCUUCCUGUCUGAUCCAUGUCAAUGGCUUGUAAGGUAGAUUAGGUAUUUUUUAAAUCAAAGAAAAUUUUUUAUUAUGUAUGAGAGAUGAGUCUCCUAUAAGAGAAAAAAAGGCAACAUUCUGAAAGUACAAGCAGAUUAGGCAGCAUUUAUGAAGAGAUAAACAGAAUUAAUGUUUCAUGUCAAUAGCCCCUUAUCCCAAUCCCAUCUUCAGUUUUUGUGACUUUUCACAGGCUCUGCAGUAUCUCGGUCUGAAGGAGGGCAGCUUUGAGCUAUUCAUGAACGGUUUACUGUGCUGGCGGUUCUGUACACAUGCAGAUAUUGUAGUUUUUUUGAACAGGAAUAGACAACAUAUGGUCAGAUUCCAAAUGUACCAGGUGGUUUCUAGAACAGUAUUUCACAUUCCAAAUCAGUAAAAGUCAAUGUAUAAUGAUAACUAGAUACACAUACAUUAUCCACUUGCACAAAUAACAUUUAGUAGAAAUAAAGUAGGCACUGCACACACGGUAUAGAACGUUUAACACAUUCAGUCUCCUUGCUUUUCCCCAUCCUUUUCCUCUGCAAUUCUGAGUUGUCUUAUAAAAUGGCUGCAUUACCCUAAGGUUGAAGAGCCCCCCAAAUUAUGAGUUAAUUUAAUCAAGUGCUGAACAACUCGUUUUGAUUCUUGAUUUUGGCUUGUGGGAAUUGGUGAAAAUUCACACUCUCAGUGCAGUAGGACCGAUCUAAUUGAUUCAUCUGACUACUGGGGUUUUAUUUAAAUCCACCUCUCUUGGUUGCAAACUGAAUGGGCAGCAGUGACUUCAGACCUGUGAGGUUUGACUGACCAGGGCAGCUCUCAUCUAAAUCGCCACAACCCAAGUUGGGAAUGAGGGGUGGAACGGCAGUAUGGAAAGGGAUGGAAUGGUCACCUAUGUUCACUUCCCUCCAACCCCCAAAAUGAAGCCUUGGCAAAAAUGUUGCAGUCCUUGAUUUCUCAUUCAUGGCAUUUAUUUUUCCAUUAACAUCAGCAUGCAGUCUCUGUAGCUAGGAAGUCAUUAAAAUUUGAUGAGCGCCUUUUGAAGAAAUUAUUUCCAUAAAUAUUUCUGGGGUUGAAUCACAGGCACUUCCACUCCACUAGUUCCCUCUUGCUACUCCCCCUUUAAAAGACAAUGACUCAAGCAGCAGUUUUUAUUCUGGCUUUUCCCAGUUUCUGUCAAACAGAGUCAACAUUUCUCAUGAGUGGAGGUGCUUUCCAUUAUUCAGGAAUAUUCCCUUUGUAUCGAAGCACACCUUACACAUGCUCAGUAUUUAGAUCUGAUAAAACUUCAGGCAAUGAUGGAUGUAAUACCAAAGGGGAAAUUUUAAAAAAACAUUAACAAGUUUCUACGUUAGAGAAAUUGUAAUGCUAUAAUUUGAUAGCUGUUUCUUGAACAAUUUGAUAAUGAUGCUCUGCUGUAUAACCAUAUACUCCAAGAGGAUAAAUACCCUGUUAAUCAGGUUAAAAUACCUUUUCAAAGGUUUCAUUAGCUCUUUAUAUGUCUCUCAAAAUUAAAAUACUAUCACUACUAAUGUAGUGUUAUCAGAUUCAAAUUAAGAUCCGCAAGUUUUGCAAUUGUUUAUGUGUUUUCUUUUUUAAAUGUAAAUAUGUUUUACUUUUUAAAUAACCUCUUCAUGAGUAUAAUUUUACCCCUGAAGUGUUGUGUGACAAAACACAUUGCUAAUUUAAAUUGGUGUGUUAUUUAAUGUAUGAAAUACAUUAAUACCCACUUUAUGUCCCUCCAUGCAUACACCUCCAAAGGAGGUGAAAUGAUUAAAAAAAAAACGUUCAACAAAAUACGUCACCUAGGAAACCUGGCUGUUUGACAGAACAGGUGUUUUAGAAUCAUAUUGGAAUUAAAUGCACCUUCACUCUUGCCUUAUGUAACAUAGAAUACUGUGGAAGCCAUUUUCAUGAUGGGAUGGAAAUAGUUCAUCUGGAGUGGGUGGGCUUGGGACAGUGGGUAAGACAACCCGUCUCAGAGUGUAAUAUCUUCUCUCGAGCGACACAUAUCUACCUGUAUAUUAAUCCAUACCUCUCAUACCUGGUCAACGACUGUUACCAUCAGGUGUUUUUCUACAUAUUUUUUUACACAGAUUUUGUGUGGAAUUAAUGUAGUAAAUAGAUUCAGCAUAUCAUUUCAAGGUUCAAGGUCUGACGCUUGUAGUUUGGAGUUAUUUUUAUCCCAGGUGACUGUGUUUUCUGCGGUGUUUUUACUGUCGAGAUCAGAUAGUUGUAAUCGCUUCCUCUUUGUUUAAAAAAAUGUUGGAAUGAAGUGAAGAAAAAUCACAUUCAAUGUAAAUACAGUAUUGUUCAAAAACUGUUUUAAUAAUUUUACUUAUAGUGUUUAAAAGAUUUUUGUCUAAAAUCUGUUUCCGUUGAAAUAAAUGACAUAUCAUCG